CUCCAGAGUAAGUCCGGAUGGGAGUGGCGGGGGCAGGUAACAGGCGGUGAGCAGCGCUGCCUCUGUCCCGGCGGCUCUACCCUGCAGGUGCCGGCCAGUUUCUUUCGCCAUCCGCCCUGGGUUCCGGACCGUCCGGCAACGGCCGAAGCGGCCGGCGCGCUCCCCGAGACCGCCUCUGCGGCGUUGGGCCUGAGCUGGUCUGGCUCCCUCCGGCGGGCGGUGCGGCAGGCGGCUGGCUCAGCCUUCCUCCCCUCCCCCUGUCGUCUCCUCCCCUUCUCCUCCCCAGGUCGUCCGCCGGCGGCGGCAGCAGCAGCAGGCAGAGCAGCAGGAGCAGCGAGGCCGCCGCCGCCGCCACCGCGAUGGAGCCCGGCGCCGGGAGCCACUGAUGGAACCGCGGUCAUGGCGCGCGCCGGAGCAGCAGCAACAGCAGCCGCCGCCGCCGCCGCCGCCGCAGGGGCCGGGCCGGGGGCCGCGGCGGGCGGGGGCGGCGCGGCGGGGGCCGCGGCGGAGGAGCUGUCCCUAGAGGAGGUGCUGAAGGCCUACGAGCAGCCCGUCAACGAGGAGCAAGCGUGGGCCCUCUGCUUCCAAUGCUGCCGCGGGUUGCUUCAACCGGACCCGCCGCUUGCCGAGGAAGGGCAGCGCCGCGGCAAGGGACCGGCCGGACGCCUCCGCGACACCGCCGAUCUCCGCCUGCACAAGGACGGCGCCGUCUCAGCCCGCGGCGAGUUCGGCCAGGCCGAGCUUCCACUGACCUUGGCACCUGCAGCAGAAGCACAGAUGGUGCAGUCCCUGGGCUUUGUCAUCUACCGAGCCCUCGACUGGGGCCUGGAGGAGAAUGAGGAACGUGAGCUGAGCCCCGAACUGGAGCGGCUGAUCGACCUGAUGACCAAUGGGGAGUCCGAGGACAGCGGCAAUGGCAGCAGCACUGCAGACGAAGGCUACAGUGGGCAGGAGGAAGAGGAGGAGGCGGUGGCCAAGGGGACCCUGAGUGCGGUCCGCACGUUCAGCCAAGUGAUGCAGCUCUGCGCUGCCCGCCUCUCCCAGCCACAGGAGGCCCAGGCUCACUACCAGGCGGUGUGCCGGGCCCUGUUCCUGGAGACAGUGGAGUUGAAGGCUUUUCUGGCCAAGAUCCAGGAUGCCAAGGAAAUGCUGGUGAAACUGAAGGAUGAGGAGCUGAGGGACCGAUCGGCAGCAGAGCUGGACAACCUGAAGAACACGGACUGGGCUCGGCUCUGGGUCCAGCUCAUGCGAGAACUACGGAACGGCGUGAAGCUCAAGAAGGUCCAGCAGAAACAAUUUGACCCCUUGCCUACAGAGUAUCAGCUGACACCUUUUGAGAUGCUGAUGCAGGACAUCAGAGCCCGCAACUAUAAGCUCCGCAAGGUCAUGGUGGAUGGAGACAUUCCGCCCAAGGUGAAGAAGGAUGCCCAUGAACUCAUUUUGGAUUUCAUACGAUCCCGUCCGCCUCUGAGACAGGCUUCAGAGCGCAGGUUGCGCCCCCUGCCCCAGCAGCAGAGGACCCUCCAUGAGAAGAUCUUGGAGGAGAUCAAGCAGGAACGGAAGCUGCGGCCUGUGGGAUUGCAGGACCAGGACCAGAGAGGGUUUGGUUCCUUGCCCUGCCUGGUGAAUGCCUGCUCCAGCAACCUGAAAUCGACCUCUUGCAUCAACCUCUCCGUUUCAGAGUCCGGUGCCCCACCUCAGCGCCAGAGGCCGAGGGUCCUGCUGAAGGCACCCACGCUGGCAGAGAUGGAAGAGAUGUUUGUUUCGGAAGAAGAAGACUCUCCCUGCUCAGAGGCGGUUCAGGAGCUGGGCCCCCCGAUGCCCCUGAAGCGGGACCGCUCUUUCUCUGAGCAAGACUUGGCCCAUUUUCGGGAUGAAAGUGAGGGCAGUGAGCCUCACCUGGAGUACUUAAGACCCAGCCUGUCAGACUCGAGGCCUCGCUCAGGUACCAUGUCCUCUGCGUGGGCCAGCAUGGAAAACAUGGGUUCGGUUCCGGCUCGCUAUCACCCCCGGGUCAGUUCGUGUCCUCGUAAACAAGACAUCCUCAGUUCUGUGGAGGAGAAUUUGGAGGCCAGCUCUGUUCCGGUCACAGACGCCAGUUUGAAAUAUUUGUGGCUGCAGGAGUUCAGCCACCCGGUAGAAAGCCUGGCACUGACGGUGGAAGAAAUGAUCAACGUGCGCCGGGUGCUGGUGAAGGCAGAGAUGGAGAAGUUUCUUCAGAGCAAGGAGCUCUACACCAGCCUGAAGAAAGGGAAAAGCUGCUGCUGCUGCCGAACCAAGUUUACGCUCUUCUCCUGGCCCCCGACCUGCCUCUUCUGCAAGAGGUCUGUCUGCAGCUCCUGCAGCCUGAAGAUCAAGAUGCCCUCGAAGAAGCUUGCCCACAUCCCAGUCUACGCCCUGGGCUUCGAGACGCUGCAUGGCUCUCUGGGAGCCAAGGGGCCCCCAGCCCGCCGGCAGGAGACUUUCCACUCCCUGCAGGGCACCCACUGGCGCAGCGUGGAGGAAGAGUUCCCCUGCAUCUAUGCCCAUGGGUCAGUGCUCAAGGACGUUUGCCAUGACUGCUCUGGCUUCGUCACGGACGUUGUCAGCUCCAGUCGCAAAAGCAUGGACAUUCUCAACACCAAGCCGGGCAGGAGCCGCAAAACCCAGUCCCUGUACAUCUCGUCCAGCUAGAGGCACCUGGGACAUCGCCUCAACGUGCUGCCCCCCGCACCAGCUCCAGCAUCCAAUCUUCGAAGGCCAGGCAGCCACAAGACACUGGCAGAGGAAACGCAGCUUUGGUGUCUGCUGGCUCCCAUCUUCCUUAUCCAGCCCACCCCAUCUUCCAAGGACAUCUGCCUGCUGCUUAUGUAUAUAUAUAUAUACACACACACACCACACACCCUUAUAGAUACUCUAUAUUUAUACAGCUGAUAAGUUGCUUUAGCUGACCAGCAUGUCAACCCCCUUCAUUGGCAAACGAGAACUUUGUUGAAACCACCCAACCUGGAGGUCAGCCAGAGGGAGCCUGGGCACCAGGGGUCCGGCUGCGCUGGCAGGCAGGAAGGCGGCCUGCCAGGCCAAGCCCUGCUUCUUUCCCCACAGGGCCUCCUCUGGAGAAGCUCUAUACCCCUCGCUGAUGUCUCCAAAGGAAAUGUCCUUCCGGCCUUGGGCUUUCUUGCAAAGCGGGCUCUUUGACAGCCGUGUGCCUGCUGCUGAACGCACCUCCUGGAGCUGCUGGCUGCUCCUUGUCAUUUCUGUGGCUCUUGCUUGUCAUAUUUCUCUCGAUUAAGGAACGAGGUGGGUUUCCCGCCAAGACUAUAAAAAAGGGUGACAUCUUCCUCUAAUUUUCCCCCUACAGAUUCAGGAGUGUGUCUUACUUGUACAGCCAAUAAUAAAAUACCUAAUUUUGUAAGAAUUUAGAGAUAAAGAGCAACUGUUCCCAGCUACUGAGAGCCAUUGGCAUAGUGAGGACAGCCAAUUGCAUGGAGGGUGCCAGGAUCUUUGUGGAGGUGGAGGAGGCUUGGACUGGCCAUGUCUGUUUAGGAAGAAAUCCUGGUUCCUGUGUAAACAGGGCCAUAUUUACACACUGCACUAAGCUAUGUAAACUGCAAACUAAACUGGCUACUUGGGUAGCGAUUUAGCUUGUGGUGGAUAUUUUACAGCUUAUUUAACAACCCAAUUUGUGGGUGUCCUGCAUGAGUUUGCAAGAAAGUUGGUUUCUGCCUUUUACUCUUGAAAUGAAGAGUAGAAGCCUGGAAGGGGGGAGGGGCUCUGUCAAAGACCCCUUCCUCCUGGGAGUGGAGCAACUUCCAGCUGGAGCCACCAUCUCUGCCAGACCAAAUCCCAGCAUCUUGGGUAACUCUGGCCCCAUGCCAGGGAAUGAAGUGGGGGUUCUGCAGCUGCUGGAGAAUGAGUAGCCAUACUUAGGGCAGCUGCAGGCUGGCCUGGUUAAUCUGACUUAGUAGCUCUUUCUGGGAACCUGCCAGCCCUAGGAAGUCUGCCAGAAGAAUUUAAAAAUUGGGUAAUGAUCCCAAAUGCUGAACUGGCAUGUUGGUGGGGUGGGGGGAGGCAUAAUCAACCUAAAUGGGGAAAGACACCCUCCUUUUCUCCAGGUUUUUAUUCCACCUUCCUCUUAAUCCCUCUCUCCUGCCUCAUUGGCGGCCCACUUUAUCCAAACCUGCCUUCAGUAUUUAUGGAACCUCCAUCCCUCCUAUUUGUGUUUCCCAGCUGCACAAGAAUAAGAUCUGAGCCCCGCUCUUCCUUCUGAGCUUUAUGUAAUUCUGAUAGGGCUUUUUGGACCGGAACUCCGCUGAGUUUGCAAGGUGGGCCUUUGGUGCAGGAAAGCCUAUGCCACAGGGCCUCAGCCUUUUAUGGUCUUGGAGCACAACGAAGAAUGCCUCAAUAUCACUCUGAUCUUCUCCUUCAUGUUCAGGCCUUAGGUUGGUCUGCUGUGCUCUUAUUUUCUCAAAUGAAAGGACUCGCCAAUGCCCUUUGCGAAGAGCCUCCAAACUUGUUUCUGCAUGCUAUCAUCCCCUUCCUUGCUCCCCUCCUACAUGGUAGCCUGUUUUGGAAGAAGCCUCCAUCUUGUGCCAGUUUUGUGCCUAGCAUCAUGGGGCUCAACUGAGUUGAGAGCCAUUUUGGCAUCGUUAAGGUGCUGACCUAGAAUCAGGGAUCCGAGUUCUUCAUGUCUUAGUCAUGAAAGUCAGCUGGGUGACUGUGAGCCAGUCACUCAACCCAGCCCACCCCACAGGGUUGUGAGGAAAAGGGGAGGUAGGAGUAUUAAGUUAUGUUUGCUGCCUUGCGUUAUAUAUAAAAAAGGGGGACUAGAAAUCUAAUAAUUCAACAUGCCGAGUUUUGCAAAGCACACAUGUCCAUGGCUAAUAUGGCAUGGGGGUGAUUCAUGCCAGAAAUGCACACCUGUGCGCAGGUGGAUGCACAAAUAACUUGCAUAUAACCAACAGUGGCUGUGUGCAGUGUACCUAAAGAGUACAUAAUCAAGAAGUUGCCUAGAACUAAGAACGUGGUCAGAAAGCAAAGCUCAGAUGUGGAAGGGAGGUUCAGGAAGAUGGUUGAAGACCGAGAGGGAGAUUUCAAGAGUAGAAGAGGAAGGUCAGGACUUAGCCGGUGUUCUAGGGGUCCCCCUCCUCCUGUCCUCUAUGGCAAUCUGCUUGCUUGACAUUUGACAAGACCUUCAUGUGCCACAUUGAUCCACUCACUCUACUUUGAAGUAACUACUUGCUGUGACAAAGCGGGCUUCCUGUCCCUUUAUCAGUCCUCCGUGCACUCGUCCUCCUCUGCCAAUGUUUUAUAUGAAGCGUGUACUUUAAAGAAGUGUAAAUAAAAUUUAA